AUGGAUCUUGCGCAGCUAGUCACCAACUAUGCCCCUCCGUCACCUCGACGAUCCUCAUACUCUUCUCAACAGUCGCGGCGGUCAUGGGGAGCUGCUUCGUCAAACAUCAAGGCAACCCCAUCUCCAUACACAACCAUCAUGGAGCUGCCCCCUUCUCCUGAGGCCGAGCCCCAUUGUCAGAUACUCGCUACCACCUAUCUCAACCCUCUUCCCAGGGCAUCGAAAGCAUAUCACCUCCUCAAACGACCAAGAUUUGAUGAUUGGGAAGAGGAAAAGUCGGAGAGCAAGUAUAGAAUGAUACUUCCUCCAACUCCUCCACAACGACCAGAAUCUAGCUUCGAGAAGUCUCGACGCUCGCCAUCUACUUCCAGCACUCCGACUUUGGUUGGAUCUUCCACCCUUACUAGCCCGGCCUCAGAUGCCCCCAUCGAGCGUCCAGCUUCUAGACUUUCUUACUCCAACCGCUCCUCCUUCUCAGAGGUUCGCGAGGCUCGCUAUCCAUCCCCAGCCAACUCAAACGUGGCUCACUUUGCCUCUCCCGAGCAAAAAGCCUCUUCACCAGAGUUCUAUCCCGCCAGUGUGCCAACCUUUAAGCCAAUUCCAGUUGCACAGCCACAGCCACAGCAACCCACCCAGCAUCACCACCACCAAAUGGUCAACAUGGGAGAAAUGACUGCUACCACCACCUGGCAACACCAUCACUACUUUCCUCCAUCAAAUACUACGGCCUAUCCACUCAACCACGACAGAUAUAUUUGUCGCACCUGCAACAAGGCCUUCUCCCGGCCUUCCAGCCUCCGCAUUCACUCUCACAGCCACACUGGUGAAAAGCCAUUCCGUUGCCCUCGUCCUGGCUGUGGCAAGGCUUUCAGUGUACGCAGUAACAUGAAGCGCCACGAGCGAGGUUGCCACAGCGGUCGUGCCACCCAGCGUGGCCCCCAUGUCGGUUGA